AUAUGUCUUGGGACAAUUACUCUUUUAUUUAUUACGAGUGUUUUCUCAGACAAUAUUCGGCAAAAUGCAGGGAUGUGGUCUUAUGAUCCACAGGCUUUUCUUCUGUACAAUCAAAUUAGUAAUAAACACCCAAGUCAAUAUAGAAAACUGUACUGGUAUCCGACUAGAAUGCCAACCAUGCCCACCCAAAAACAACGUGUGGGAAAAUUUUUAGUUACGCAUGGAUAUGCGAGUGUACGGGAACAUAGUCCAUAUAAUGGACUCCAAAUAAGGAACACGUUUAAGAAUACUUACGAUGGUUAUUUGUCACCGCAAGUUCUGCGAACAUAUUUACGAUCUGCUAAAUUACCUACGACAUCAGCAACAACGACAACAGUAAAUACAAAUUUAAAAAAUAUUCAUUCAGACUAUAAAAGCUUUACAAAUUGUAAUGAACUUACUAAUCUAACAUUGCCUGUGAACAGAAAUAACGCAAACGUUUCAAAUUAUUUUAAGGCUGCCGAAAGUAUUUCAAACAUUAUGCCAAAAAAUAACGCGACAUAUGAACCAUUCGUAGCACAUACGUACUUUACUCUCGAUGAUGUCAUUGUGCCCUAUUCAACUGAAAACUUCAAAUAUAAAGCAAAUCAGGAAUAUAUGAGCGAAAAUAAAUUGAAACCCCAAAUCGUUGCUCAAGACAAGCCACUUGCAAAUAAGUUCACUGUCAAGAUGCUGGAUGAUGAUAUUCAUAAAUUUGAGCCAAUAAAAUCCACUGAAACUAUUAUUAAGACAACAACUACGGGAGUUCCACAUGUCAAGAUGCUGGAUGAAUAUUUUCAUAAAUUUGAGCCAAUAAAAUCCACUGAAACUUUAAUUGAAACAACAACUGCGGGACUUCAAAAUGUCAAGAUAUUCGAUGAUGAUAUUUCUGAAUUUGAGCCAAUAAAAUCCACUGAAACUAUUAUUAAAACAACAACCGCGGGACUUCCACAUUUAAAUUUUCUUACAAAAGUCGAAACGAACAUACGCAAAGAAAUUGUUAAUUUAACAACAUCAAAUCACACAGGAGCAACAAAUAUACCGAAUGCAAUAUUAAAUAAGACAAACAGUAUCUCAAAAAUAAAUGUUUCACCCCGUGAGCAUAUUAGACUAUAUACCUUUAAUAAGAAAAAGUGCGAUACCUGCAGAAAAAGCCAGUUAAGCAGUGAGAAUAAAUCAUUAAGCAACCUCACCCAUUAUAAUGAAAAGCUAUUAAAUGGUCAUUCGACAAAGAACGCAUCAAAAAUUAUAAAAAAGGACAAUCGUACAGAUAAUAAAUUCGUUUCCCUUAGAAUUAAAAAAACACAAAACCAAACAAAUAUCGGGCUUCUUAAUUCCAAGCCCAUUAGCACUACCGAAUCUCCGCAAUUCAAAAAUAUAAAUAAAACAAAGCAUUUUUAUUUAAGACGUCGAAAAUUGCAUGCCAAUGCAACAGUAUUAAAUGCAUAUAAUUUGACACAAGCAAAUACUAAUAGCUCAAAAAAUAUAAAGCCCCAGAUAGAAGAACCCCAAAACAACUUUACCGACAGGCGAAAAUUACGCAACGCACAGCUAUUGAAUGCAACCACAAACGUUAUUUUGGCUCGUUCAAACGCGAAUAACGAAGUUACAGCGCUUGCAGAAGAAUCUGCUAUUAUGACAAUAUCGAAUAAUAAUGGCAAAAGUAACAGAAAGUUACAUUUAUUAGAUGCCCCGGUUAUAAACCAUCCGAACUUCGCGCAUACCACUGAUUUACCAAAACUCCCAAUCGAAGUUUAUUUUACGAAACUUAACCAAAACUGAUUUGACCGCAAACACUAUGCACAACAAAUUAACCAAU